CUGAAUUUUUAGAAGAACUGUAGAAUUAUUUAUAUUGUAUUAAAUACAUAUUUACAUUAUACAUUUACCCCUGGUAUAAUAAAAGUGUCUUCUCUUAAUGGAAAUAUAUCGAUCGGACUCGAAAAAUCCUUGACGAAUAAUAACGCGAUGAUUUUAUUAAGAGCAUGUGUUAAAUUGCUGUGCACAGGAGUGUUUUCCAGGGUGCGGCCGCAAACCACCCUCGAGAAUAUCCGUACUAAUUCAGUUCACAUCAGUGCUAUGAAACAAUGGCCACAUUUUACGCUAAUCCGAACGACGAGAAUGAGAUUUGGAUCGAACGGGCCGCAUUCGAUGGUUACGGAUUCAGGAAUUGGCACGUUAUGUUUUUUUGUUUUUCCGGUUUCACCAUUUUAGUGGUGUUAAUUUGUUGUUGUGUGAAAAUUCGGGUGCCACGCACCAAACAACAGAUUGAGGCUGAUUAUCGGCGGAAGAAACUGGCGCAAAAGUUUCAACAGCGAUUACGUCUGAUUCAGAAUCAAGAAAUGGACGCUUUAGAUUUGCAGAGAGCUUUGGAAAUAAUACAGCAGGAUUACAAAGAAGCAAAAGACGAUAUAGUGUUUGAAAUAGCACCAACUGCUCCACCUCAGUAUUGUAUUAAUAUGGGAGAAGAGGGUAAUUUGGAACGUUCAGAUGCGAAAAAUUUUGCUAAAAGAAUGUCCACCAUAAUGAAAUUUACAACUAAACCAUCUUGCUCCAAAAAUUAAUUUCUGAUUUUAAGUCUAGUAAUAAAACAAUGCAUAUAAAUAAAAAUUUA